GCAAAAUGCAGCGGUCUAGAAUUCUACAAAACUUGUGCUUCUUUUUUACCUUUGGCAUCCUGGUCGCAAAUGUCCUGGGAAAAUGCAAUGAGUGUCAGAAGGAUAACAACAUCAAGUGCAUAAAUCAAACGCAUUUCUCAUUUUGCUCGGAACACAUAGAUAACUCUCAGGUGGUGGAGUGUCCUGAAAGUAAGGUGUGCACAUCCCUUAAGGCCAUCUGUAUGCCGGAAGGAGCUGUGGAACCAUCCUGUUCUGCAGUAGAGUGCCCCUCCUGUGAUGGAACAAGUAUAUUUGUCUGCACCAGCCGCACCACUUUUCAGAUGUGCAAUGGGAAUACCCUCACAAGUCAAGUUUCAAAGUGUAAGGCGAACACUUACUGUUCCAUAAAGUCCGGAACCAUUUGUGCGGAUCGAUGUUGGAUAGAAAAUAAUCAAGAUGGCUUUGAGUGUGACAGGGAGUCACCUGUUUAGAG